AUGUCCCCCCUCCAGGAGGCCCUGUUUGGCCAUAGGACAAUGAUGAAGACUGGAAUUGCAUGCCUUAUGAUGUCAGCCAAGUUCAGAAUGUUUACCUUCUGGAAAAUCCGCUGCCUCUGGGACAGGAGCCAGGCUGGCCUACAGCGUCUAAAUAUGGACAACUUCUCUCUCCUGAGCAUCUCAGGGCCUCGCCUCUGCUCCUCGACCCUGAGCACCUUCCCCGACAUUAUGUCUUCACGGGCCACCAGCCUGCCAGAUAUCGCCAGGAUGGCACCCUCCAUGGAGGUAUGCAGCCAUGCGCAGGCCCCUGCCCAGCACUCUAGCAGCAUGUUCCGCCAUGGGGUGUACAAUGCCGUGGUCUCAUCAGACUGCCUCUUGGGGGACAUGCCCAGUGGGGAGCAGCUGCGGCGGAGCUGCACCAUCUACCGGCCCUGGUUCUCGCCGUACAGCUACUUUGUGUGCUCAGAAAAGGACAGCCAGCUGGAGAUGGCUGGCAGUGGCGGUGGUGGGGGCCCAGAGGCCGCUGGCCAGGGGGACAGCUGGCUCCCCGAGGACCUGGCAGAGAGCCUGUGCUCAUCCUCGUCCUCCUCAGAGCACGCAAGCCCCCGGGAUGCACCCCUGAUAGCCCGGCCGGACUGUAUCAGCUCGCAAGACCUGCUGGUGGCCUGCCGCUGGCACAUGGCCCAACAGAGUGGCUACAAGUGCGCAGCCUGCUGCCGCAUGUACCCCACGCUGCACUCGCUCAAGAGCCACGUGCGCGCAGGCUUCCGUGAGGGCUUCAGCUGCCGUGUGUACUACCGCAAGCUCAAAGCGCUUUGGGGCAGGGACAGGGCCUGGCCGGGGGACAGGCUGGCUGCCCUAGACUAUCAGGCCUCCAAUUAGCCAACAGCAGGGCUUGGAAAGGUGGGGAGCCCUGGUUAUACAUCUUUAGAGAGAGGUCAAUAAAUGCACUUAAGCUCAA